AUGGCAGAUGAGGAUGGUCUUAGUAAUCAGGGAAGUUCUAAAAAAGAUCAAGGUGCCUUAGCUAUAGCUAAAGAAGGUAUAAAUGAAGAAAUGGACAUAGAAUCGAGCAGUUCAUUACCUGUAAAAGAGCAUAUGAAUGAUAACGAAAUAGCUAAGACGGAUGAUAAUGAAGAUAUACAUGCAGAAACAGGAUAUGCUACUCCAUCGGAUGAUCUUGAAAAAGAGAUCAAUAAUACGAGCCCAGAAGUGGAAUUAGAAAAUAGGAAUGAAAGUGAAGGAAAUCGAAUAUCUGUGCACUCUUCUGAUAAUGAUACUUCUCCUGAUUUGCAGAGAGAUUCAAGUACCGUUGACGAUCAAAAGGAGAGCAAUAGUAUCGAGAUUUCAGAUCAUAACGAAAUCGUGAAUCUGACAACAAGAGAAUCUCAGUCCAGUAAGGAAGAAACUCAGCAAGAAGGAGAUGAAGUAAUAUCUGAAUCUGCAGAAAUUAGCUUUCAACAAGCUGUAGACUUAGAAAAGGAAAAUAAUCCCAAGAUGGAUGAAAUACAACAAUCGCAACGCAACGAUGAAAGUGAAAUGGACCUUGAAAAGCAAGGAGGUUCCAAUAAAGAAGAAACUUACCAAGAUGGAGAUGGAGUAAUAUCUGAAUCUGCAGAAGUUAGCUUUCAACAAGCUGUAGACUUAGAAAAGGAAAAGAAUCUCAAGAUGGAUGAAAUACAACAAUCGCAACGCAACGAUGAAAGUGAAAUGGACCUUGAAAAGCAAGGGGGUUCCAAUAAAGAAGAAACUUACCAAGAGGGAGAUGGAGUAACAUUUGAAUCCGUAGGAAUUACCUUUCAAGGAACUGCCGACUUAGAAAAGGAAUAUAAUCAUAAAGUGGAUGAAAUACAACCAUUACAACAUAAUGAAGAAAGUCAGAUGGACCUUGAAAAGCAAGUAAGUGAAAUCGCUCAAGAAGCUCAUGGUCAAAGUUCAUCAUUGGAAGUUCAAGAUAAAGUAGAGAUAAGUAACAAUGAAUUAAUGGAAGAUACUAGCGACAUGGAUAAGUUGAAAAAUCAAUCUUUGGCCGAUACACUAAGCCAAGAAGGAUUACUUAAAAGUGAAGAAUUACAGUUUGCUAAAGCUAUAGCGACUGAUACAUCAAACGAUUAUUCCCCACAACCAGUAGACAGCGAGUCUAACAGUAAAAUAAUCGAGACGGAAUUAAAAGAUGAAGCAACUAGUGAUGUUAAUAGUAAAAAUAGAUUUAAAGAAAUAAAUAAUCACAAUGCUAGCUUUAAACUGGAGGAUUCUGAAGCGGCUACAGUUUUAGCUGGAAAUUUAUUGGAGGGGCAAUACAUUCAAGAAAGAAGUACUUUGGAAUUAGAGCCAGAAAUAAAAGUAGUUGGACAUGAACAGAAAUCACCACUACGUUCACAGAAUCGAGAUGAAGGUGAGGAAGUAACUCCACUUACAGGACAAAAUCAUCAUAUAAAAGCUACAAAUGUUUCUCAGAAUACGAUACCAGACCCGUUGGUAACAAACGCCAUGUAUGAUAACACAAAUAAUGAUCGAAAUAUUCGAGAAGACAACGACAUUGACACUUGGGAUCAGAAAGUAAAUGAAAAUAUAGAACCUAAUCAUGGUGAACGAACUCCACUUCUCAAUAACUCUGAAGGUAAUCAAAAAGCUACAGAUUCGUCUACUUGCAGCUGCUGUAUAAUCCUGUAA